AUGGUUUAUAUUAAUAAUAAUUCAAUAACUCAAUGUGGAAAAUAUCAAUCAUGUAGUUGUGAUGAUAAAUGUAUUCAAACAAAAGGAUAUCCAAUUCAAUAUUCACUUGAAUAUGAUUUAAAAAAGUGUUCAUAUGAUAACGAUUGUGUUUAUGGUGAUUUUAUUAACAUGUUUUCAAAACAAUCUUGUGUAUAUAAAAAGUGUAGAUCUCAACUUUGUAAAUAUAAAUCAAGUGUAAUCUUUGAUAAUGUUACCACUGAUAGUUCCGAUUGUAGUUAUGCUAAAUAUCAAAUUGAUAAAUACUGUAAUUCAUCAUUAAAUUUAAAACACUCAUUUGGUAUUUUCAUUUCAUUUUCAUUUUUGAUAAUAAUAAUCUUUUAA